AUGGCUGCCAUCCGGAAGAAACUGGUGAUUGUUGGAGAUGGAGCCUGUGGCAAGACUUGCUUGCUCAUUGUCUUUAGCAAGGACCAGUUCCCAGAGGUGUAUGUCCCUACGGUGUUUGAGAACUAUGUGGCAGAUAUUGAAGUGGAUGGAAAGCAGGUAGAGUUGGCUUUGUGGGACACAGCUGGGCAGGAAGAUUAUGAUCGCUUGAGGCCUCUCUCCUACCCGGAUACCGACGUUAUACUGAUGUGUUUCUCCAUUGACAGCCCUGAUAGUUUAGAAAACAUCCCAGAAAAAUGGACUCCGGAAGUCAAGCAUUUCUGUCCCAACGUGCCCAUCAUCCUGGUUGGGAACAAGAAGGAUCUUCGAAAUGAUGAGCACACAAGGCGGGAGCUAGCCAAGAUGAAGCAGGAGCCAGUAAAACCCGAAGAAGGCAGAGAUAUGGCAAACAGGAUUGGUGCUUUUGGGUACAUGGAGUGUUCAGCAAAGACCAAAGAUGGAGUGAGGGAGGUUUUUGAAAUGGCCACGAGAGCUGCUCUGCAAGCCAGACGUGGGAAGAAAAAAUCUGGGUGCCUUGUCUUGUGA